AAGUCCUGCCCUGAUACAUGACAUCAUGCUGGACAAAAAAGCCGAAAGAGCCGACUAGGAAGGAGGAGUUGGAUGAUUAUUUUUUAGUUCCGAACGGACAGUCACAAAUGGCUUCGAGUCUAAAGGCUUUUUAAAACACCGAGCUUAGACGACACUUUAUAACGUUAUACCUUGAAGUAACGGAAGUCAACGGGAAUGCAUAAAUUAAGGGUUGCUUUAUGAAGCUUUUUAAGAUCACUUUUACUGGCUGAAGGGUGCACUGUGAAUAAUCUGUUUUCUGGCUGGUCAGUAUUUGAAGAGACGUUGUGGAAAAGAAUUCUUGAUUACUGCCUUCAGAAUGCUCCUCUUCCUUAUCCCAGCUCUGCUUGUAGUGAGAGUCUUUGCUGUCUUAGAUGUCACAGUUCCUGAAGUUCCAGUAGUGGCUCUGUUUGGAAACGACACAACCCUCAACUGUUCAUUCUCCACGGGUGAAACCUUUAAUCGCUCAGACAUAAGUGUCUUUUGGCAGCUGACUGACACCAAGCGUGUGGUCCACAGCUUCUAUGAUGGGCGGGACCAGCUGACAGACCAAGGAUCCAACUACAUCAACCGCACUAGUCUGUUUCUCAAGGAACUGGACUCUGGAAAUGCAUCUUUGCUUCUCCGUGGUGUCCAGAUUGCUGAUGAGGGCAGCUUCAUGUGCUUUGUCCGAAUCAAAGAGUACAAAAAUGCAGUAUUGCUGCUACAGGUUGCAGCCUCCUACACCAAGCCCCAGGUGCAUGCGGAGCCUGAUUCCAACCUGAAACCAGGAGAUGAAGUGGUCCUAAGCUGCCUUUCCUAUGGUGGCUAUCCCCAGGCUACCCUUCUGUGGCAUGACAACAAUGGCAGAAACCUGACGGGCAACGCGACUACUUCGCAGGUGGCCAAUAAAGAUGGACUGUUCCACGUGCACAGUGUUCUCAAAGUUAUUGUGGAGGCCGACAACUCUUACAGCUGCCUGGUAAAGAAUGAAGUGCUUGGUGAGGAGACGCACUCCUCCGUCACAACCACAGCAGGACUAAACAAGGGAUUCCCACCAGUGGCUCUGUGGGUGACUGUGGGCCUGGCAGUCUGCCUUUUUGGACUGCUCAUCGCCUUGGCUUAUAUUGGCAAGAAGAAGAUCAAUGAAAGCUGCAAGGAAGGAGAAGCAGUUGAAGAAGGGAAGGAAAUUGAAGAGGAUGAAUCCAAGAAAGCAAUGCAACCACUUAAAACCUAAGGGAACCAAGGUUUAAGAGGCCCAACUGAGAACCAAGUGCAUCAAACAAUACCUUUAUCUUAAGGUGGCACCAGUUCAUUGCUUACUGGAAAGUUACAUAGAGAAGUUUUCCCAUGCCUAAGAAACACAGAUGGCUUUGCUGGACUUGUUGAAGAAGAUGUAUUUCAUAGUGUUUUGUUUUUUUCAUUUUCUGUAAUGUAUAAAGUAUUAAACUUCACUUCUGCUCUUCAAAGAAGUGAGGAGAUUUUGAUGGGAACAUUAUCCACAAAUGUUUGUUUUUUGUGUACCAGAAUCAAAUGGAUUUAACCUUGCAUUUUUUUUUAAGGGGAACUGGGUGAAAUUUGUAUUUUGUUUCACAGCUUUGUUGAUAAAGUAAACCCAUAAAGUGUACUGAAAAACAGUCUUAACUCAAUUUGCAAAACAAUAAUUGAACAUUUUAUUUAAGAGAGUGAAACCAGGAUUAAACUCUUCUGAAAAUGACCUUUGUUUUUUAAGACACUACUAAUGUGCCUGAAUAUCAGUGUUAGAAUGCAUUCAACUUUGUAGUGCAAGGCUGGAAUAAAGAGCAAAACCUGAAGGGGUCAGGUUCUUCAUGCCUGAUUGAUUUCUUCUUCUAAAGACAAACUGGUCCUGUUAUCGGUUCACUGUGUGACCGUGCGACUCUCUGAUGUAUUAUGUCACUGUCUGAUUUUUUGUAUUGCAGUAAAAUAGACAAAAACGCUUUGUGUUAGUUACACUAAGGAAUUCACCAUGGGCUGUCACUUCAAUGCAGAUGUUGCCAUACAAUGUUUUUAAAGAAUUUUGAAGGUUUUAGUAACUAAUGCCACAGAACGGGAAAUAAAAAAGCCUUUAUUGACUUUUACAGGUAUUGUACAGUAGUGGCUUUCUAGUUCUGUUGAUGUUAAUGUGUGUUGAGAAGAUUGAUGUACAGAAAUAUUUUCUCCACUUAAAUCCAAGUGUUGCAUGUGCAAUCUAAAACUGCAGAGAUUUGUUACAAAGAAAUGUUGCCUCUCUGAUCCACAGUUGCCUUCUUUAUUCCGUUUGGAACUAAACAUUUAAACAUUCUCAUUUGAAAAGGCUUUUUUACUUGGGUUUUAGAUAUUGUGUUAUGCAGGCAUCAUUUAAGAAUAAAGAAAAUGUAGCUGA